AUGUCGAAGCUAAUCACUGUCUUUGGAGCAACUGGAAAUCAAGGCGGAUCGGUGAUUCGCACUAUCCUGAACGACCAGAAACUGUGCAAAGAAUUUCGGGUUCGGGGUGUCACUCGAGAUGUCAACAAGCCGACUGCUAAGGCUCUCGCCGAGCAAGGUGUUGAAAUCGUUCAGGGAGACCUGCUGAAUCCUCAAGAUGUAGCUACUGCAGUGAAGGGAGCCGAUACAGUAUUCCUGGUGACAAACUUCUGGGAAUACUUCUCUUCGGAUCCGGAGAUUCAGCAGGGGAAGAUUGUGGCAGAUGCCUGUAAAGAGGCCGGUGUCAAACAUCUCAUCUUCUCUUCCCUGAUCGACGCAUCGAAGACGACAAAUGGACGACUUGUCAAUAUCACUCACUUUGAUGGUAAAGCAGAGGUGGAGCGAUACAUCCGCUCCCUUGGAAUCCCUGCCACGUUUGUCAUGCUCGGUGUCUUCAUGAGCGAGCUUUUCACCUUGAUUCAAAAAGGAGAAGAUGGAUCUUUUACGUUGGCUCUCCCUGUCUCCACGAAGGCUCCAACGCCUCUCAUUGAUGCUUCUAAGGACACUGGUAACUUCGUUCGCGCUGCUCUGGUUAAUCCGCCUAAAGAGGGUUCAAAUACGAUCCAUGCUAGCGCUGGUUACUACACCCCCGAGCAGAUUGGUGUCGAUUUUGAAGCAGCUACCGGGAAGCAACUUGCGGUUGUGUCUGUCCCGGGAGAAGUUUUCAAAUCCUUCCUGGGUGCGUCGAUGCCCCCGCACUUGGUGCUUGAGGUGUACGAGAAUCUCCUCCUGUUGGAGGAAGAAGGGUAUUAUGCUGGUGCAGACCUAUCUCCGAGCCUCAACGCUCUGUCGGAAAAGCCUGUAACUUUGAAGGAGUUCUUUACUCAGCAUAAAGAGAAAUGGUGA